CAUACCAGGUUUGUAGCAACCGAACAACCGAACCGACCGGGCAAGCCUGACUGCCAAUCGGCCUGCCACUCUCUCCCAACGCGACCGCCUCGAAGUCCAAACCUAGCCAGCCUCCGACCGUAACGCCGCCGGUUCCCUCCCUCUCCCCGCCGGAUCCUCCGCCGCGGCGCCGCUCCUCCUCCUCCUCCUCCUCUGCCGGGUGGAGCGGAGACCGGAGAUCCACCCCGCCCGUCCGGCCGCGGAUUGGUUUCCUUCCUUCCUUGUCGGUUAACGGCCACAGUGAUGAUUACUCAAAUAACCACAACUACUACUGUGAGAUGCUUGAUGCACUUUGUCUUUUUAGGUUGCCAAUCAUCAGCGAAAACUAGGAAGUGGGUUUAAUAUGGCAAUAUAGAAGUCAUCUACUGGUUCAUGCACAGUUUGUCAUGUUAGCUGACAAUAUGAAUAAUGACGAUGUCAUCAACUUGAUUUCGGAUAGUGAUGAUGAUAUUAGCUUCAACUCUGAGGAUCCAGUUGGUGGUGUUGAUCAGCAGCCAUCUUAUACAAAUUCAAGAUUUGGUCAAAAUGGUGGAGGACCAAUCAAGUUUCAAGAUGAAGAUUGGCUGAAGAGCACUUCUGCUUCGUCCUCUUCCAGGCCUACUGAAAAUAGUAAUGGUCAGUACAGAACUCUGCCACCAUCCUUUACAAAUGGUAGAUGUACUGAGAGUGCUCGUUAUACACCCGGUUCGGGGGACAGGACUUAUCUCCCUCCAAGUUCUUACAUGGGUAUGCGGCAUGAUUCUGCAAGGGGCCUUCCUGCUUCCAACAGAGUUGACAGUGAAGGGGGAAAGCACAACAGUUCUGCAGCAGAUGCAGAUGACAACGACAAGACAGUUCUUCCAUCAUUUUCUUCAAAUGGCAGCACAUCAAAAUCUGUGCAUCCAAAUGUUGCUAGUGAGACACGCAACCUUCCACCGCCUUUUGCCAAUAAAAAUUCACACAAUUUGGGUGAACACAGGAUGGGAACAAAUAUUGCCAAUGGAAUUGUGCAGCCUUCAUCUUCAGGGAUGGCGAGAGGAAGUUUGUAUACAAGUAACACCCAGAAAGAGGAGGAUGAUGAUGAUGUUAUUGUAUAUGGAGGUCCUAGCUCUCAUAGAGUACUACCUUCAUCAUUUCGAGUCAACAGUUCUAAUAACAGUGAAGUUGUUAAUGGCAUUGAUGCACAAGGUCGCCUGAACCCAGAUAAUAGGCUUUUGGAUUCUGAUGAGAGAGCAGUAUAUCAAGAAGCACUGCAGAAUAUUAGUCGGGAUAAAAGGGAAGAUGAUCUGCCUGAGGGUGUGCUAACAGUAUCUCUGCUUAAGCAUCAGAAACUGGCAUUAGCUUGGAUGGUUUUAAAGGAGAAUAGCUCACAUUGUGCAGGUGGAAUUCUUGCAGAUGAUCAGGGCCUUGGGAAGACAGUGUCUACAAUUGCCCUUAUACAAAAACAGAGGAUUCAACAGUCGAAGUUCAUGUCUGUUGAUUCAGAUCGUUUGAAAUCUGAAGCAUUAAUCCUUGACGAAGAUGACGAGGGGGAACAAACUAUGAACGAUGAAUCCAAGAAGGACCAAGGGGCUAGUUCAUCGUCAACAGCUGCUGGUACUAGUGGUGUUGAACCAUGUGUUAGUCCACUGAAUAAUGUUCUGGAUAAAAUGGCUGAAAGCAAAGUUGAACGCAAGAAGAAGGCUAAAGCAUGCACAUCAUCUGCGUCCACCAGGCGGUCCAUGACAAGGCCAGCUGCAGGCACUCUAGUAGUAUGCCCAGCUAGUGUUCUUAGGCAGUGGGCUAACGAAUUGGCUGACAAGGUUAGUGAAAGUGCGAAAUUAUCUGUUUUAGUGUACCAUGGUGGUACGAGGACCAAAGAUCCAAGUGAGCUGGCAAAAUACGAUGUUGUUGUCACUACGUACACAAUUGUGGCCAAUGAAGUGCCUAAACAGAAUGCUGAUGAUGACGCAGAUCAAAAGAACACUGAAGAAUCUUCUGCUGGCAAUAAAAGAAAACUACCAUCAAAUGCCCAGAGCAAGGCUAAGAAAAAGAAGAAGAAACUUAAGGACAUUGACCUUGACAGUGGCCCAAUUGCGAGGGUGCGAUGGUUUAGGGUUGUACUCGACGAAGCUCAGACAAUAAAAAACUUCCGAACUCAAGUGGCUAAAGCCUGUUGUGGAUUAAGAGCAAAAAGGAGAUGGUGCUUAUCAGGAACACCUAUACAAAAUGCAAUUGAUGAGCUGUACAGUUAUUUCCGUUUCCUGAAAUAUGAUCCAUAUUCCACGUAUAACUCAUUUUGUACAAUGAUAAAGCACCCAAUUGCUAGAAAUGCAAUUCAUGGGUAUAAGAAACUUCAAACUGUGUUGAGGAUAGUUCUCCUGCGCCGCACGAAAGAAACUCUGAUUAAUGGAGAACCAAUUAUAAAGUUACCUCCAAAGACAAUUAAUCUGAAUAAAGUAGAUUUCUCACAAGAGGAGCGGUCGUUUUAUUUGAUGCUGGAAGAACGCUCUCGGCAACAGUUCAAGGCGUUUGCUGCUGCUGGCACACUCAAACAAAACUAUGCCAACAUCCUUUUAAUGCUGUUGCGUCUUAGGCAGGCCUGUGAUCAUCCUCUUCUUGUGAAGGGUAAUCAGUCAGAAUAUGGAGGUGAUGGUUCUAUAGAAAUGGCAAAGCAGCUUCCUAAGGGAGUCGUAAUAGAUUUGCUUGCAAAACUGGAAGUAGGGUCAGCACUUUGUACAUUAUGCAGUGAUCCUCCGGAGGAUGCUGUUGUGACGAUUUGUGGUCAUGUUUUCUGCUAUCAAUGUAUACACGAACGGAUAACGACUGAUGAUAAUAUGUGUCCCUCCACUAAUUGCAGUAAAACAUUGAGUCUUGAAUCAUUAUUUUCAUCAGGAGCAUUAAGAAUUUGCAUCUCUGGCAAAUCUAGUUCUGCAAGAGCAAGUUCAUCAGCAGAUGAUGAGUCAUCUUCAAUCAGUCAAAGCAGCUUCAUCUCCUCCAAGAUACAAGCAGCCAUUGAUAUACUGAAUUCAAUCAUUAACACGGAUGCCCUUACUGACAGUGAUACCAUUGAGUCAAAUCAAAGUCGAGUAGCCCCAACGAAAGCCAUCGUCUUCUCCCAGUGGACUGGCAUGCUGGAUUUGCUGGAGCUUUCACUGAAUAGCAAUCUUAUACAGUACAGGAGACUAGAUGGAACAAUGUCACUUAAUUUAAGAGAUAGAGCAGUGAAGGAUUUCAACACUGACCCAGAGGUUAGAGUUAUGAUUAUGUCGCUGAAAGCAGGCAAUCUUGGUCUCAACAUGGUUGCUGCUUGCCAUGUGAUUCUUCUUGAUCUUUGGUGGAACCCUUAUGCUGAGGACCAGGCAAUUGAUAGAGCACACAGAAUUGGGCAGACUCGUCCUGUUACUGUAUCUCGUUUAACCAUUAAAGACACAGUGGAAGAUCGUAUUUUAGCUCUUCAGGAGGAGAAGCGAGCCAUGGUUAACUCUGCUUUUGGUGAAGACAAAUCCGGUGGCCAUGCCACUCGGCUCACUGUAGAAGACCUGCGGUACCUAUUUAGGAUAUGAUCUGGAGGAUCCCUUUGCCUUCGGUGUGCUGUGAUCUGACUACAGAGACUGCAUUUUGUACCUUGUAAUCUUAAUGGUCCAAGGCCCUGUGUACCGUUGCGAGUCUGUUGGAGCUGAGGUGCUGAGGGUUCGUCUCCCACCGCAGAUCCGGUUUUGUCGUGCUCUUGCUGAUUGCUAGAUGUGUAAUUUAGGGCUAGCUAGCCUGAGUAACUACCACCACCCAACUUGUAAGAGAAUUCUCCUGUGCUCUUCACCUGUGACAAGUCUGGAGAUCAACCUGGUGUAUAUAUUCAUCCUAUAGUGUUGACAUGCGGCCUUCA